AUGGCAAUAUUUAUUAGGUCAAUCAGGCUUCGCGCCUUCCCUUCCCCGUGGAGUGAAAGAGCCCGAACAGCUUUUAUUGCACCAAGAGCGGGAACUCAGACAGCUUUCAAAGGAUUGAAGAAGCUGACUCUCACAGCGGUUAGUGAUUCAAUCACACCGGAUAGGGGAAUUCUAAGAGCGUCAAGGCUUAGAGCUUCUUCUCAAGCUGCCUAUUUUGUGCGUGGGUUAACUAUUGAUUCAAUUGCGCAAAGAAGCCUAGUUGUCCUAAGAGCUGAUUCGGGAACUGCUUCAAUUCCAAGAGGAGCGCUUACUCUUGCAGCUUUUUCUUUCACAACUCUUUCUAUCACAACCGAUUUUUCCUCAUACGGAUCUAAGCUCUCGCAAGUGCCUUCCCUUCCUUCUUGCCUAUUCGAUAGGAGCUUGCAUUCUCUGGGGGAGUUCUUUUAUAUUAAAGAAUAG